AAGCAAAUGUUCGAAAAGCAAAGUGGUCAGACUGUUCAUUUUACUUCAAUGAUUCGGACUGUGAACGUCUCUUCUCAAUUGUUCCACGAUGUUAACGAUUGUAGAGAGAGUAGAUAUCAUUUUCUCGUACUUUGUUGAGGCUCAUAGAAAUGUUGAAGAAGCUCGUCAAAGGUAUGCUAAUCUAUUCCCUGAUAGGAAUGUUCCUUCUGCAACGACUUUUCGCAGUAUUGUCCAACUGUUUACUGAAAUUGGAAGUGUUAAACCUAGAGAAAGAGUCCGACCGCGGCCUGUGACAAACGAAAAUAACACAGUGAAUGUUUUAGCUGCAGUUGCUGCAAAUCCUCACAUUAGUUCUAGGCAAAUUACGCGAGGUUCAGGAAUUUCUCAAAGAAGUGUUCUACGCAUACUGCAUGAACACAAAUUUCAUCCAUUUCAUUUAUAACUGCAUGGUGACGAUUUUCAAAAUCGCUUGAAUUUUUGCAACUGGAUACAGGAACAACUGGCAGUCAAUGAUAAUUUCAUUUCACAGAUACUUUUCUCUGAUGAAUGAAAUUUUACGAAUCGUGAUCAAGUGAAUCGACAUAAUAUGCAUUAUUGGUCAGUGGAGAAUCCCCAUUGGUUAAGGCAAGUUGAACAUCAACGCCCGUGGAGUGUCAACGUUUGGUGCGGUAUUUUAGAUACUCAGGUAAUUGGCCCAUACUUCAUAGAAGGUAAUCUGAAUGGUCAAAUGUACAGCGACUUUUUAGAUAAUGUUUUACCCAUACUAAUGGAAGAUGUUCCACUUCAAACAAGAAUGGAUAUGUGGUUUCAACACGAUGGAUGCCCAGCGCAUUAUUCACGAAUAUCUCAAGAAGUUUUGAAUCGAAACUAUCCGGGUCCAUGGAUUGGACGAGGAGGUCCUCAAAAUUGGCCCGCACGUUCAGAUUUGACUUCUGCCGAUUUUUUCCUGUGGGGAAGGCUAAAAGAGAGAGUUUACAUGGAUGUACCAACAACCUCAGAAAAUAUGCAGCAGCGAAUUAUCAAUGAAUGUGCAAACAUUAGCGCAGAGACACUUAUAAAUGUCGGAUUGUCUUUCAGACACAGAGUUGCAAUGUGCAUUAGAAACAACGGACAUCAUUUCGAACAUUUGCUUCAAUGAAACACUUGUGAGAGGCAAGGGGACUCAGAGUAAUCAAGCACCCCGAGAUAGUGAGAGGCAAGGGGACUCACAGUAAUCAAGCACCCCGAGAUAGUGAGAUGCAAGGGGACUCACCAAAAUCAAGAACGCCGAAGGGAACAAAUUACUACUACGUCUACGUCGUUGUUCCUGGGUAAACCUAAAAGUAGUCUAAGAAU